AUGUUACUUCGUCACCCCUUUGUCACGGCUCUUGCCUUGCUCGCCGUUCCAACGGGAGUAUUAUCACGAAAAGAUGACACCAGCAGCGGCAGCGGCAGCGGCAGCGAUAGUGACAGCGAUAGUGACAGCAAUACCUACAACGAUCACCGCAAUGGCCACAGCGACUCUGAUGACUCUAAGGAUAGUGACCACACCUCUUCAUCUACGUCAUCCUCGAGCGGACCCAAGUGCACAGAUUCCCACCGCCUGGACUUUGAGGAUCUUCAACCUUCGCACUACGAUAAAUACAAUCGGGACCCACGUCGUGGUCAUGCUAGUGCUUAUAGCGAGUUGGAUGGUGUCUUUUUCAAAGGCGAAGCCAGUCUCAAAUACACAAUCACAACACCACCCACAAACCUGACAGAAGGUGACAUCGUUAGUUCAUCUUUAAUCACAUGUCCCGUUGGCAAACAAUCCAUGCGCAUGCUGGGCGCUGCAUGGGUCGCUGCCAAAGCUCCUGCUCCUGCAGGACCCGUCAACCCCAUCACAUUGGGGUUCAAGGCCUGGAAGAGCAACGUACGUGUCUCGGAUAUCGACAAUUCAUACAGUGUGUGUGAAGAUUUGGAUCUUAUACGGCUCACCACAACCGUGGACUGGAUUACAGAAAAUGCAGUUCAAGCCAUGGACGCCGUUGCAUUAAACAUAACCCAGGCGGCUGAUAACAGCAACAAGAUUAUGUUUGACGGCGUCUAUGAUCUCAAAGACUGGACUGAUAGGGAACGGGACUUUAUGCAGAGAGCACACUACGACAAUGCAGGUCUUUAUGACCAGAUGAUUGCUCUUCCAGAUAGCUUAUGCUCCGAGAAGAGCAAGCUGGGCAAAAUUCUUAUUGGAUGGCCUACUGGAACACAUAUCAAUGGGUCUAUGACCAAUGAAACUCUUGAGCUGAAUUUCUCAGGCGCUACAGGUGCUGGGUUUGAACAUUCUGGUCAAAAAUGGCCAGAGACCGACACAAAAGUAAAUGUGACCUUCGAACUCACAUUUACGGGUAGUUUGGACGCCGCGAAUUCCUCGCAGGUGGUUCUGACAGGGACGUCGAGCCACAAUGCGUCGCUAGUCAGCUUUGAGAGGGUGACUGGUAGUGCCACUAUCAUAAGUCUCUCAUUGCACUGUCUACUCAUAUCUUUAUUGGUCAGUUUUGGGGUGAUGGUUUUAUGA